GCCCACGGUACACAAACCCGCAGGAGCAACCUCUACCCUGAAUUAUAGCAUUGCCCCACCUCCAGCUAUCUGUAAUCUCCCUUAAUUGUACACAGAGUGCAGGGUAAAGAAAUUACAGAAAGGGGGGAAGAGGCAGUGAAAGGUGCCACUGACAUAGCAAACAUCCCAGGAUUUAAGAAAGAAAACAAAUCAAAGGAAGAACACUGGUUUGAAAGAGAGGAAGAACUGGAUAUAUUUCUUUUCUUAUUGGAGUCAAGGAAUUUCAAGGUGAGGUAAAUUACUUGUGGCGUAUGCAGCUGCCAUAGCACGUACAAAGAUUGAUGGCCUAUUCAAUUCGCAACUAACAAAACAAGGCAGUGUCGCUGGUAUAUAUCAGCGACGAUCAAUCAACUCCAAAAAGUGAACCGGAUUAUUAUGAAAUAACUUUUCCAAAUGUAGGAUUUAGGCUCUAACCUUUCAGAGUCUUCCAGUAAAUCCUCCUUCUUUUUUCCAGAGGGGCUUUUACCUUUUCUUUCAUCAUGGUGGACCUGUUCCUAGACCGAGUUCUGGUGGAGAACAACUGGGACCAGGAUGAACUCAACACGGAGCGAGAGAUCCUUGGUAUUCUCGAAAACCGCAUCCUGAUGCUGUUCUUUGCAUCUGCGGAGUGUGUCAAGUGCCAGGAAUUCCUGCCUGUUCUGAAUGACUUUUUCAAGAGACUGAAAGAUCCAGCGUACAUUGACUACCCCAAACUGCUCGCACUCGUCUUCAUCAGUUUGGACCAAUCGGAGGCACAGCAGGAGAGAGUCCUCAAAGAGCUGCAUAAAAGGGUUUUGUUUUUGGCCUUUGAGGAUCCAUACAGGAAAGAACUGCAGGCCAUGUUUAAGGUAAAGGAUGUACCAACAGUUGUGGUCAUUCGUCCUGAUGGCUCCAUCCUCUCUCCAAAUGCUGUGCAGGACAUCUGUCGUUUUGGUUGUGACUGUUUCCGUAACUGGCAGGAAUCAGCAGAGCUCAUCGAGAGGAGCUUCAUGCUCAAUGAGGAGUUUGAAAAUCUAAAUAUGCGUAGUGCCACUGACCCGGUGAGGAGACUCAAGUACAAGACAGAGGACGACAAGAGGAAAAAGAGAUGGUGGAAUUCAUUGGGGAAGGGCAAAGAUGAAGGUCAAAAGGAGGAGGAGAAAGAUGGAACGUGCGAUAGAAAGGGAAAAGAGGGAGAUAAAGAAACAUGGAGGAGAAGAUGAAGAGAAACAAUCAAAGAAAAAACACAGUCUUUUGUGUUGGUUGUUGUCGAGUCAAGCCUCGUAAAUACUUUGUCAGCGAUACUGCAGCCUCUUCAGAGGCUCUCUAAGAAAGACUUGGCAAUGGGAUGUGCAGUAAAAUAAAUAAAU